AUGUCCACUGGCGGCAGGUUCAACUUUGACGAUGGGGGGUCAUACUGCGGCGGGUGGGAGGAGGGCAAGGCGCACGGCCAUGGGAUCUGCACGGGACCCAAGGGCCAGGGCGAGUACUGCGGCUCCUGGGCCCACGGCUUCGAGCUGCUGGGAGUCUACACGUGGCCCAGCGGCAACACCUACCAGGGCACCUGGGCUCAGGGCAAGAGACACGGCGUGGGCGUGGAGAACAAGGGCCGCUGGGUGUACAAGGGCGAGUGGACCCACGGUUUUAAGGGACGCUACGGCGUGCGGGAGAGCACGGGGACGAGCGGGAAGUAUGAGGGCACGUGGAACAACGGCCUGCAGGACGGAUACGGCACGGAGACCUAUUCGGAUGGAGGUACUUUCCAGGGCCAGUGGGUGGGUGGAAUGCGGCAUGGCUACGGUGUGCGUCAGAGUGUUCCUUACGGCAUGGCAGCAGUCAUCCGCUCACCGCUCCGCACCUCCAUAAACUCCCUCCGGUCUGGUUCGGAGCACAGCAACGGCACCGCUCUGCUGGACCGGACUGGGGCCGUGGUUCCGGUGCCCCCCCUUGCCUCCGGGCCAGGCACCCUCACCACCAGUGUCUCCAUGUGCAGCACCGGCAGUGGUGGCAGCAGCCCCGCCGUGUCCCGUGGCGGCUUCGUGUUGACGGCUCACAGUGAGGCCGAGCUGCUGAAGGGGAAGAGGAAGGGUGGUCUGUUCCGGAGGUCCAUCCUUUCUGGCCUGAAGCUGAGGAAGUCAGAGUCCAGGAGCUCGCUGGCCUCCCAAAGGUCCAAGCAGAGCUCGUUCAGGAGUGAAGCCGGGAUGAGUACGGUGUCCUCCGCCGCUUCUGACAUCAACUCGACCAUCAGCCUCGGAGAUGCUGAUGCAGAGCUGACCAUCGCUGAUGAUGACGUGGAUGCCACGACAACGGAGACUUACUGUGGGGAAUGGAAGAAUGACAAGCGGACGGGGUAUGGCGUGAGCCGGCGCUCCGAUGGACUACAAUACGAGGGGGAGUGGCUCAGCAACAAACGCCACGGUUACGGCUGCACCACUUUCCCCGAUGGCACCAAAGAGGAAGGGAAGUACAAGCAGAACAUCCUUGUGAGCGGGAAGAGGAAGAACCUGAUCCCCCUCCGGGCCAGUAAGAUCAGAGAGAAGGUAGACCGCGCGGUGGAGGGGGCACUCAAGGCAGCGGACAUCUCCAAGCAAAAGGCUGAGAUCGCACUGUCCAGGACAGCUCAUGCACAGGGUAAAGCGGAGGCAGCGGUGGGAGCAGCUCAGAAAGCCCAGGAGGAGAGUCGGAUGGCCAGGGUUACUGCCAAACAGUUCUCUCCUUCCUUCCAGCACCAGGGAAACGGGGUCGAUGUGCAGCGUCCAAAGCGGCAGGUGUCGAGUGAGAUGGAGGGCGAGGGGAUGUCCAGUAGCGCGGGGACCGCCGACAGCCCUGACCUCUAUGUGAAGAGUGGGGGCUCUGAUGACCCCUCCAAUGACAACGCCACCCCAGACCUCAGUCCUCCAUCUUCCUCACCAACCCACACCCCACCUCCCCCGGCGCGGCCCUCCCAACGCAGCAAGAGCGCCCGCUUCCACCGGCAGAGCGCGGUGGACCACGGAGACAGAAGGAAAGAGGAUGGGGAAGGUCGGGAGAAGGCCGGUGGAGGAGGACAGACAGAGAUACAGGUACUGAUGGAGGGAGGUGGUGGGGGAGGCGAUGUAGGAGGAGGAGGGACAACAGGGGAGUACCUGCGAGCCAACAGCUGGAGCGAGGACAAGCGGAGGGGUACAUCAUCAAGAGGAGAGGCAGGGCUCAGCAACCGCCAAGACAGCAGCGGCCGUGGAGGAGGUCGAACCAACGGACACAAACACAGCUCCUCCUCAAAUCACAAGUCCCGGGAGCACGGCUCAUCCAAUCACAGACAGGCCAGGCGAGAUAGGUGGAUGGAGUCAUCCUCGUCUGCAUCGUGGACAUCUGGACACAAGGGUGUGCACGGCGAAACAGGACACAGGGGUGUGCACACCAGGGGAGGUCGUCUCCUUGAACAGGACGAGGAGAAACUAAGCAACUAUGAGAUGGAGAUGAAGCCGCUGCAGCCUAGGGACUCCAACACCCACAAGCCCUAUGGGCACGGGGAAGAGAGGCAUGGCCACACUCAUGCACACACCCACAGCGAGGGCCGCUCGCACGCUGUGCAGAGACAGAGGAAUAAGAACCGCGAGGGGCGGGAGGGGAAGGAGGGGAGUAAGGACUCGGACAACGUACGACUCGGGGAGAAAUUAGACACAAGACCCCUAAGGCGAGACCUCACCCUCUCCCCGCCACAGAAGUCCUCUCCCAUCACGCUGGAGCAGCAGGACCACAGCCUCAUACAAAGCAAAGGCAACUCGGCCUACAGCUCGAUCCUGGUCGUCAUGGUGAUUCUGCUCAACAUCGGAGUGGCUAUUUUGUUUAUCCACUUUUUUAUUUAA